GACAGUUCGGUCGGCUGACGCUCUCAGCUGGCACCACGUGCGCCUUGUUUUUUGCUUUAGCUAAUUUCAUUAAGACUGCACUCACCGACCCACAUUUUAAUCCAAUACGUCGGCCGCACCAUGGCCUCUCUGGCCGCGAGAAAAGUCCGUCUCUUCAGCCAACUGGCAGGCGCUUUCCAGGUCAAAUCCUCCUCCGUCCAUACUGCAGCUCCGGUUUGCCAGUUCAUUCAAGCUCCAGUUUCGAAACCCAAAGGACGAACGAGCUGCACGUUAAUUCCAGGCGACGGUGUUGGUCCCGAACUGAUCGAUUCGGUCAUUGAAGUCUUCAAGGCGGCUGGUGUGCCCAUAGACUUUGAAAGGUACUUCCUGAGCGAGGUGCACCCUGAGUUGUCGGCGCCCUUGGACGACGUCGCCGCCUCGAUUGCCAAGAAUGGAAUCGCGCUCAAGGGGAUUCUGACGACCCCCGACUACAGCCGCACCGGCGAACUGCAGACCCUGAACAUGAAACUCAGGAAGAAACUCGACCUGUACGCCCACGUGGUGCACGUCAAGUCUCUGCCUGGGAGCAGCAGACACCAGAAUGUGGACACGGUGGUCAUCAGAGAGCAGACUGAGGGAGAGUAUUCGGCCCUUGAGCACCAAACCGUCAAGGGAGUUGUAGAGUGUCUGAAGGUUGUGACGCGCAAAAACAGCCAACGAAUUGCCAAAUUCGCGUUCGACUACGCCACGAAGCACAACAGAAAGAAAGUGACCGCCGUGCAUAAAGCCAACAUCAUGAAACUGGGCGACGGCCUCUUCCUCCGCAGCUGCGCUGAGAUCGCCGAGCUCUAUCCGAAGAUCCAAUUCGAGUCGAUGAUUGUGGACAACUGCACGAUGCAGUUUGUGUCGAACCCGCGCCAAUUUGACGUUUGCGUCAUGCCUAAUUUGUACGGCAACAUCAUCACCAACUUGGCUGCGGGAUUGGUCGGAGGCGCCGGACUUGUGGCCGGGGCCAGUUUCAGCUCAAAAUGCGUCCUCUUCGAACCUGUGAGAAACUCCUCCCUUUUUUUUGCCACUUCAAUGUUUGUAAUUUUUUUGUCGGCAGGGGGCGCGACACACAUACGGAGAGGCCGUGGGCAAAAACGUGGCCAACCCGACAGCCAUGCUGCUGGCGUCGGCCAAUUUGCUUUCGCACGUCAAUCUGCAGUAUUAUGGGGACUUGGUGAGGAAUGCGGUCGAAAUGGUCCUCAAGGCGGGCAAGGUGCGCACCAAAGACCUCGGCGGCCAGGCCACCACCAAACAGUUCACGAUGGCCGUCAUCAGAAACCUGUGACGUCACUUCUGCCUCAAUAGUUCCGGGUCGCGCCGAAUCCUCUGCAAUCAAAAUUGUUUCGUUCAUUCCAGUUUUUUUGAGAAUAUUGUUCUGAUGUUGAUGAUACUCAAGGAAUCGUUUACAUUCCACAAAUAAAUUAUUGCAAAUUAA